AUGACAAUGAAGUUGGUGACAUUUGCAAUGUGUCCCGGUCUAUCUGAAAAUAUGGCGGAUGCUGAGUUAUUGAAAGCGCUUAAAGAUCUACCGAACCGAGUUCAAACUUCAAGUUUAAAGGAACGAUAUGAGGUUAUACACAAUGUCAUCGAUGUCUUGUCAAAUCCAGGCAUCAAUGAAAAAAUUGUCAAUGGAAUUUGCAAAGUUGUCGCGAGUACUCUCCAACGGUACAAAGACAACAAGUCCCAAUAUUACGUCAGAAAUUUGAUUGCUGAGUUGUUGAAGCACCAGAAUAUUCAUGGAGUUAAAUAUAUGACUGCUGUUAUCACCGAGCAGGCUACUUGGCACCAGAAUGUUGUUCCAACUUUCAGUACGUCCUUAACAGCGUACCAGGUAUUAAAAUGGACGUCGCUCGUAAUCACCGCGAUCCCCGAAGACUUAUCAACCCACACUGAGUCCCAAAAACUCAUCGAAGCUCAGGCAAGUUUAAGCGCAGCAGCAGUAGCAAGCGCGAACGCUUCACUAUCUAAAAAAGUCUACUCUCUUCUAACCCAAUUAUGGAACUCUACAAAAAACUCCGAAAAAAUCUACAUCACCAACCUCUCAAAAAUGGAGCCUAGCAACGGAGUGAUAGUCCUCUCAAGCUUGCUAAUUAAACACUUGGUCUCUCAAAAAAAGGACGAAUUAAUCGACCCAUUUAAGAACAGCAUCCUCGAAGGGUUCAUAAAACUCGCAAUAAGCUGCAAGAAAAAGCCAGAUCUUUUCACAGUGGACUCCUCAACGCCCUUUUUACGGCGUCUUACCCACGAAGAUUUCAAGAACCAAUUGCUCCCAGCGUUACAAAAAGCGAUGCUGCGCAACCCUGAGAUAAUAAUCGACUCCGUCGGGCACAUCCUGACCGGCUUAAGCCUGGACCUGAGUCGCUACUGCGAGGACAUCUCCAAAGGCUUAUUCGCAAACCUGCACUCCAAGGAAGAUUCAGUCCGCGAUUCAGCCGCCGACGCUUGCCGUCGUUUAGCGCUCCAGUGCUCUGACACAGAAGCUCUGGAGAAGCUUCUCUCCCUUCUCUUCGCAAUUUUCCACGGCUCGGAGGGAAAAUUAACCGUAGCGACUCACAAAAUCUCAGUUUUAACCGGAGCUGGAAAUUUGAGCUUCAACGCAGCUGGAAGUAACGUCCAGAAGGUCGCUGAAGCUGCCUGUGGUCAUUUCAUCAAAGUCCUGGACACUGAAGUCCAUGAAAAGACUCUGAUCCACGCUCUGGAGAUGAUGAGCCUCUGGUGCCAGAAAUUUUCCGCAGAAGUUCCUAAAAACAUCAUAGAAACCUUCAAAAAAGCAAUGAACGCCAAGACAUCCACCACUGGAUUGCGCACAGCUUAUAUAAAACUCCUGUUUACCCUCCCGAUAAACUCCCACGCAGAUACAGUAACUCCAAUAUUAACCCAAGCAAUAUCUCGCGCGUCCCAACAAUCCACGCAAGCUUCAGCAGUCACAGAAGGACUCGUCGCUUCUUAUUUACUGCUUAAAUUAAUUACCGGGCAAGUUGACAACAACAAGCAGAGUGUUUUGUGGUCUGCAAUUGACGAGCAAGUAUUUUUUUCCGAUAAAUUUUUAUCUACUUGCAGCGAUGACAAUCUUUUCCAUUUAAUGCAACUCUGUGAGGUACUAGUUACCGACUUUACCGAUAGGUUAAAUGAAAAGGCUCUAAAUGGCGUUCAUAGAGCCUUGGUAGUUUGCGUGGUACAUAAUUCCGCCACCAGGCGGCGCUGCGCUGCUAUUCUUAAGAAGAUGCUCACUGGGCUGAGCACCUAUGAGCCUUGCAGGGCACUAAUUAAAGAGUUCAAUAGCUUUGUUGAAGACAACAAAGAGAACAAUGAUAUUAAUGGUCGUUGCUUGGCUGAUGGCCUGCUGGCUAUUUGUUCUUCUAGUUUUCUGUUUGAGGAACCGGUUUAUCAGCUCGUUUUUGAUGCUCUGAUACCCGCUCAUCAUCCAAUUGUCAUUAAAGCAGUUCCCAAAUUGUGGGUGAAGAUCUGCAGUAAUUCUGGACUCUCUCCUCAGACAUUUUUUACGGAUUAUUUUGUUAAAAUCCAAGAAACUUUUGCUUACAGCUACCAGCCGAGUGCUGCCUAUGAAAAUGCAGUGGCUACAAUUGUCUCUUUCUCCCCUGACGUCUUGUUAGAAGAGAUGAUGAAUGAAGUCACGGAUUAUCUAAGUGAUGAAGAAAUUUUGAAGGUUACUAAAGACGAGUACUUUAUUUAUCUAACGCCAGAGGGCGAGCUGUAUGAUAAAAGCGUUGUUCCGGGGAAUGAUGAUGAUGAUAUCUUGAAUUCGAUGAAUAUGAAGCGUGAAAGCAAGGCUUAUUCUUUUAAAGAACAAUUAGAGGAGCAGCAACUCAGGAGAGAGUUGUAUGAAAAGAGAAAGCGUGAAGGAAAGAUUAAGGAACAGAAGCUUACUCCGAAGCAAGAAGAAGUUUUGAGGGCGCAGACUGCUAAAGAAAACGCGAUUAGAAACCGCCUUAAGGGUUUGUUUGAGAAAAUAACACGCAUUGUGUCGAUGAUUAACGCUUUGAGUCGUGGAAAUCCUAAAGAAUUGGCUUUGUUCUUCUGUAAACUGAUCCCAGCGCUGCUGAAGAAUCUUUCCUCGCCGCUGGCAGCUCCCACGGUGGCGCAGGUUUACUUGGAGCUGCAGAAAAUAGUUGAACUGGUGUCUCCGAAGAAUAGUGUGUUGAAGGAGCUGGUGGGGCAUGUUACUUUGAGACAGCAGCAGCCACAGUGCGACCUGGACCCUGCUUGGGAGGAAGAAGAGCUUGAAAAAGCCGUCCAGAGGACGCUUGCGGCGGUUCAUGGGUGCACUGUUAAGCAAAAGGUGCUGUUUAAUGCUCCAGGGUUCUGCUACUGUUUUCCGUUUAUUGGACACACUUUGCUGAGCUGGAAAGACGAGGCCAUGAUCACCCAGGGGCUUCAGGUGAUCCAGGAGCAUGCUAAGCAGCGAGGAGAUCUUGACAGCAAGGAUCCAAGGCACCCUAAGUUUCUUCCAAGAAAGGAGAUGCUGGACUUGUUGAUCGAGUUGAUGAGUUCAACAACUGGUCGCGUCCAAUCACAUGCAGUAGCUACCUUUCUGGACGUGGCUUACUCUGGAGACGGUUCUCCAGGGACAGCAGAGACUAGCUCAGAAGAAAUAAACUCUUUGAUAGGCGCACUGGAGAAUCCUUUAGCGGCAGUCCGUGAUGCGGCGCUGCGAGCGCUGAUGAUAGUCCAUGAUAACUUCCCGACUGAAGAUUCAGACUACGAGCAAUAUUGGAGACUGACUCGCAGGAUUUGGAUCGCUAGGUUUGAUAUUGCUGAUGAGAACAAGGUUCUAGCUUCUGAGAUCUGGGACAAGGCUGAGUUUACAGCAAAUGGCGAGAUUUUGUGCGAAAGUUUGAUUCAAGAUGUCGCUCAUCCAGUAGAAGCUGUCCAGCAGUCUACUGCGCAUGCGCUUGCGCAUUUACUCACUGACAACACGCACCUGGUCCCGGAGAUACUGGAGAGUUUGUUGAAGUUGUAUAGAGAGAAGCUGGCGAUGAUCCCGCCGAAGAUGAACGACUUUGGCCGAGUCGUUGAGCAGCCUGUCGAUAUCUGGGGACCUAGACGCGGAGUUGCUCUUGCUUUGGCGCAACUAGCUCCUCUCUUGACGGCUGAUACUAUUAAUUUAUUGAUCCAGUUCUUUGUUUCCACUGGCUUAGGUGAUAGAAACCCGUCAGUGCGCCAGGAAAUGCUCACUGCUGCCCUCGCGGCUGUGGAUCAUCACGGGAAGGACAAUAUUACGUCUCUGUUGCCUGUUUUUGAAGAUUUUAUGGACAAAGCUCCCAAAAUAGGAAGCUUUGACGCGAUUAAACAGUCUGUUGUCAUUCUUAUGGGCUCUCUGGCUAGACAUUUGGACAAGGAUGACCCCAGAAUCAAGCCAAUUGUCAUGAGACUGAUCAAAGCGCUCUCUACUCCUUCGCAGCAAGUUCAAGAAGCUGUCGCUAAUUGUCUACCGCAUUUAGUUCCGUCGAUAAAGGAGGACGCGCCGAGAAUUGUGGAUAAUCUUAUGGACCAAUUGUUGAAGUCUGAUAAGUAUGGAGAGAGGAAAGGGGCAGCUUAUGGGUUGGCGGGGAUUAUUAAAGGAAUGGGAAUCCUAGCGUUGAAGCAGUUGGAUAUCAUGACCAAGCUUACCAACGCUAUUCAGGAUAAGAAGAAUUAUAGGCACAGAGAGGGCGCUUUGUUUGCCUUUGAAAUGCUUUGUACUAUGUUGGGAAGACUGUUUGAGCCGUAUAUUGUUCAUGUACUGCCGCAUUUGUUGCUAUGUUUUGGAGACGCUAGUCAGUAUGUUAGGACUGCCACUGAUGACACUGCCAGGGUGGUUAUGAGCAAGUUGUCUGCUCAUGGGGUUAAGUUGGUAUUGCCCAGCUUGCUUGCUGCGCUGGAAGAGGACUCUUGGAGGACUAAGACAGGAUCCGUCGAACUCCUCGGAGCAAUGGCCUACUGUGCCCCGAAGCAACUAAGCAGCUGCUUGCCGUCAAUCGUCCCGAAACUAAUAGAAGUCCUAAGCGACUCUCACACCAAAGUCCAAGAAGCCGGCGCGGAAGCUCUCAAAGUAAUCGGAAGUGUCAUCCGAAACCCCGAAAUCCAGGCUAUCGUCCCCGUUUUAUUAAAAGCGCUGCAAGACCCCUCCCGCAAGACAGCAAUGUGCUUGCAAACCCUUUUAGACACCCAAUUCGUGCACUUCAUCGACGCGCCCUCCCUCGCCUUAAUAAUGCCCGUAGUCCAGCGCGCAUUUAUGGACCGCUCUACCGAAACCCGUAAAAUGGCAGCUCAGAUCAUCGGAAACAUGUAUUCCCUCACCGACCAAAAGGACCUGACCCCCUACCUGCCCACAAUUAUUCCAGGCCUCAAAAUGAGUCUCCUCGACCCUGUCCCGGAGGUAAGAUCAGUUUCUGCCCGAGCUCUAGGCGCGAUGGUCCGCGGAAUGGGCGAGUCUAGCUUCGAAGAUCUCCUCCCCUGGCUGAUGCAAACUCUAACUUCAGAAACCAGCAGCGUCGACCGGUCAGGCGCUGCCCAAGGUCUCUCCGAGGUAGUCCGCGGUUUGGGAGUUGAAAAAUUGCAUAAAUUAAUGCCGGAAAUUAUUAGCACUGCAGAAAGAACCGACAUUGCUCCGCAUGUCAAGGAUGGAUACAUAAUGAUGUUCAUUUACAUGCCCAACGCCUUCACAACGGAGUUUACUCCUUAUAUUGGGCAGAUAAUCAAUCCAAUCCUUAAAGCACUAGCAGACGAGAAUGAAUACGUCCGAGAAACUGCUCUAAGAGCUGGGCAGCGAAUUGUGACUCUCUACGCAGACUCAGCAAUAAUGUUACUUCUUCCAGAGCUAGAGCGCGGGCUCUUUGAUGACAAUUGGCGAAUCCGCUACUCCUCUGUUCAACUCCUAGGAGACUUGCUGUACCGCAUCUCCGGAGUUUCUGGAAAAAUGUCCACAGAAACGGCCAGCGAGGAUGACAAUUUUGGAACUGAGCAGUCCCACCACGCGAUAAUCAACGCCCUGGGUGCAGAAAGGAGGAACAGAGUCUUGGCUGGCCUUUAUAUGGGCAGGUCAGAUGUUGCACUGAUGGUCAGACAAGCUGCCCUUCAUGUAUGGAAGGUUGUGGUGACCAACACUCCAAGGACACUCAGAGAAAUUCUGCCCACGCUUUUCAGCCUGCUUCUCGGGUGUCUGGCCAGCACCAGCUACGACAAGCGCCAGGUUGCUGCCCGGACUCUCGGAGACCUGGUCAGAAAAUUAGGAGAGAGAGUUUUGCCGGAGAUAAUUCCCAUUUUGGAACGAGGACUGCUGAGUGACCAGCCGGACCAGCGGCAAGGUGUCUGCAUUGGAUUGUCCGAAAUUAUGGCCAGCACCAGCAAGGACAUGGUCCUGACCUUUGUCAACAGUCUUGUCCCGACAGUCCGUAAAGCGCUGAGCGACCCUCUUCCAGAAGUUCGUCAGGCAGCGGCUAAGACUUUUGAUAGUCUGCAUUCAACAGUUGGAGCUAGAGCUCUGGAUGAUAUUCUGCCGCUUAUGUUAGUCCAGCUUAACUCUCCUGACCCUCAGGAAGCUGAAAAUACUCUUGAUGGACUUCGCCAGGUGAUGGCCAUCAAGUCUAGAGUAGUUUUACCCUAUUUGGUUCCCCAGCUGACCAGUGCGCCGGUUAACACCAAGGCGCUGUCCAUUUUAGCGAGUGUCGCUGGAGAAGCGCUCACUAGGUAUCUUCAUAAAAUUCUUCCGGCUUUGCUAAUGGCGCUCUCUAGUGCGCAAGGGUCGGAGAAUGAAGCUCAGGAACUGGAGUAUUGUCAGGCUGUGGUGCUUUCUGUUACGGAUGAAGUCGGGGUCAGGACUGUCAUGGACCAGCUGAUGGAUGCUACUAAGGCGGAGGAUCCUUCGAGGAGAAGAGGUGCUGCUACCCUGCUUUGUGCCUUUUGUAGAGAUACUAGGGCUGAUUAUAGUCAGUAUGUUCCGCAGUUGUUGAGAGGAUUGAUUCAUUUGUUUACUGAUGAUGAUAAGGAGGUCUUGCAGAAGAGCUGGGAAGCUUUGUCUGCUGUUACUAAGACUUUGGAGUCUGAUCAGCAGAUUGCGCAUUUGGGAGAUAUUAGGCAGGCUGUUAGGUUUGCUGCUUCGGAUCUUAAGGGGCAGGAAUUGCUUCCAGGAUUUUGUCUACCAAAAGGAAUCACUCCUAUCCUUCCAAUCUUCCGAGAGGCGAUUCUAAACGGCUUGCCAGAAGCAAAGGAGCAGGCAGCUCAAGGUCUUGGUGAAGUGAUAAAGCUAACCAGCGCAGCAGCUCUACAACCCAGCGUAGUCCACAUAACGGGUCCAUUGAUCCGGAUCCUAGGUGACAGAUUCAACUGGAGCGUAAAAGCAGCGGUGCUGGAGACUCUAGCAAUUCUUUUAGGAAAAGUCGGAGUGAUGCUGAAGCAAUUCUUGCCACAAUUGCAGACGACCUUCCUCAAGGCGCUGAACGACAGCAACAGACAAGUGAGACUGAAGGCAGCUUACGCUCUCAGUAACUUGAUAGUGAUCCACACGCGAGCUGAUCCUCUGUUUGCAGAGUUACACUCUGCGAUUAAAAACUCGGACGACCCCGCGAUCCGUGAGACGAUGCUGCAAGCUCUAAGAGGAGUGAUCACUCCAGCGGGAGACAAAAUGACUGACGUUAUGAGGAAGCAAGUGUUCGUAACACUCAGCUCGAUGCUAGGACACCCGGAAGAUGCCACCAGGAAUGCUGCAGCUGGAUGCUACGGAGCGCUGAUGCGCUGGCUGUCUCCGGAGCAAUUUGCCAGUGCUUGCAAUGAGCACUUGCUCAGUCAUGAUGUCAAUGCUGACUGGCAAUUGCGGCAUGGAAGGUCUACUGCUUUGUUCGUCAUUCUUAAAGAAUCUCCCGCGACUGUUUAUGGGUCUAAGGAGCAAGACCGAGUUUGCAAGAUUAUUUUGUCCUAUUUACAAGCCGACAGGUCAAUGAACAACAACAGCAACGAAGUAAAACAAUUACUAGCCCGGGUCUGUAUCCACUUAGCUCGUAAUAUCCCACCAGAAAAAAUGUCAGGGGAUUUACUAAAAUCUCUACUACCCAUGCUUGUUAAUGGAACCAAGGAAAAGAACGGCUACGUAAAAGCAAACAGUGAAUUAGCACUUAUUGCAGUACUGAGACUAAAAACCGGAGACGAAGAGCACCAGCGAUGCAUCGCACUCCUGGAUCCAGGUGCUCGAGAGUCUCUCUCCGACGUGGUCAGCAAGGUCUUGCGCAAAGUGUUGUCCCAACCAGAAGGAAAAAUAGAGGAGUUGGACGAUACACUACUCACGUGA